AAAAUUUAUAUAACUAUUUUUAUUUAGAAAACAGCUUUCUUAUUGACGAAAAGACUUCCCCCUUUUAAAUAAUUGUAACGCUAUGAAACAUUUUUCACUGAAAUUUAAAUAGUUAAGAGUUUUAAUUGUUAUUGAGCCUAACUGCAACCCUCCCUACUUAAAUCCACUCUCCUUUUUGUACGAAAUAUCAUUUUUAAUCAACUGUAGAGUCAGUUUAAUGAGUUGGUAGUUCAAAAAAGAACAGUAUUGUAUCUGAGUAAUGAAUAUGCUGUCAACUUUUUAAAUAUUUUAAUGUUUUUCAGACCAAGGAAGUCUUAAUUUUCCAUUGCUCUUUCAUUCAGUUUCAAAAUAAACAAGUCACGUUACUUCACAAAUUAUAAUAAAUAACUAUGUCUUUAACUUGCAGAAGUAUAAUAUUUAUGAAAAGGGAUAUCUAUAAAGAUAUUGGUGUGCCAGCAGCAAGGCUUUCAUCUUGGAGAGUGCCAUUAUCAGAAACUUUACCAACUGCACCAAAACCCAUAUAUGCUUCGAGUAAAAAUUACAAUUCAGAAACUAAAGUUAGCACUUUAUCAAAUGGACUUAGAGUUGCAUCUCAAAACAAAUUUGGUCAAUCAUGUACUGUUGGAGCUGUUAUAGAUUCUGGCUCAAGAUAUGAAGUGAAGUAUCCCAGUGGUAUCUCACACUUUUUAGAAAAGUUAGCUUUUAAUUCUACUAUUCAAUUUUCUGAUAAAAGUGCUAUAUUAGAAGAAUUGGAGAAACAUGGUGGCAUAUGUGAUUGUCAAGGAAAUAGGGAUACUUUAAUCUAUGCUGCAUCUGCCAACUCAAAGGGUUUGGAUCCUGUGAUAAAACUUCUGUCUGAAGCAGUUUUAAGACCUAAAUUUUCCAAUGAAGAGAUCGAAAAAGCCAGGCAAACUAUACAGUUUGAAUUAGAAGAUAUUGAAAUAAGACCUGACCAAGAAUCUCUCUUGAUGGAACUCAUACAUCAAGCUGCAUAUCGAGAGAAUACUUUGGGGCUUCCAAAAUUGUGUCCACCAGAGAAUAUUUUAAAAAUUGACAGAUCCAUUUUAUUUGCCUAUUUAAAAAAUCACUUCACACCUUCAAGAAUGGUGAUAGCUGGUGUUGGUAUUGAACAUGAUGAUUUAGUCAACUCAUGCCAAAAGCAUUUUGUUGAAAAGCCACCAAUAUGGGAAUUGGAAGAUUUGGCUUCUAAAGAUGACAUACCUCUUGACAAAUCCACCUCCCAAUAUACUGGGGGCUUAAUCAAGUUGGAGAGAGACAUGACAAGUGUUAACUUUGGUCUCAUGCCUGAGCUUGCACACUUUGUUUUAGGCCUUGAAAGUUGUUCUCACCAGCAUGAUAAUUUCAUUCCUUUUUGUGUGUUGAACACAAUGAUGGGAGGAGGAGGCUCUUUUUCUGCUGGUGGACCAGGUAAAGGCAUGUACACCAGGCUGUAUACCAAUGUAUUAAAUAGGCAUCACUGGAUGUACAGUGCUACUGCAUUUAACCAUGCUUAUUCUGACAGUGGUUUAUUCUGCAUUCAUGCUAGUGCACAUCCAAGCCAACUUAAGGAAUUGGUUGAUGUAAUAGUAAAUGAAUUUAAAACAAUGACUGGGGAUAUAUCUAAUUCCGAAUUAGAAAGAGCUAAAACACAAUUACAGUCAGUACUGCUGAUGAAUCUUGAAUCUAGACCUGUAGUUUUUGAAGAUAUUGGGCGACAAGUUCUUGCCACUGGUAGAAGAAGAGAACCCGAAUAUUUUAUUGAACAAAUUGCUAAAAUAACAGCUGAUGACAUUCACAAGAUUACAAGCACUAUGCUAAAGAGUAAAGCUUCAGUUGCUGCUCUUGGAGAUUUGAAAUCGUUACCCAGCUUGAGAGAUAUAAAUGCAGAUCUUGUAAAAAAAGAGACAACUCGAUCUAAACGAUUUUCUCUAUUUUCAUAACUCUAUGGAAGACAAUGUAUAUACUUUUAUGUAAUUGUUCCUUUUUAGAAAUAGUGUAAGAAAUAAUAAAGGUGGUCAAAAUAAUAAAAUUGCUGAAUAUACA